AGGAAAGGAGAAUGAGGCAGUCAGUUCUGUUCUCCAUUAAACUGUUGACACUAAUCUUGAUUCUUCUUUUUUUCUACCAAUGGAAGCAGAGAACCAUGUUCUCUGACCUGUAAGAGUUGGGUUACAUCACCUCAUGGAGAAAUAUGGAAAUUCGUCAAUUAGUGACUUUGUAGUGGAGGUUAAUAUAAAAAUGACUGGUAUCAUUGCUGUAUUAGUAGUACAGAGUUCAGCAAUUACUUUGAGCAUUGCAGAAAGGAGGAGGGUCUUGUGCUUUUGCUUGAACACUUCUGCUGAAUUCUGGAAACAUGGAAGAGAAGAUAAAUUGCAAUGUUGCAGAUGCUGUAGACUACAAGGGAUUCCCUGUCAACAAGUCUAGAACUGGUGGAUGGGUACGUGCUGCUCUUAUCAUAGGCACUGAGAUAUGUGAGAGGCUCUCAACAAUGGGAAUUGCUGUCAAUCUGGUUACGUACUUGUGUGGAACUAUGCAUCUUUCAAGUGCAACUUCUGCCAACAUUAUAACAGACUUUCUGGGAACCUCCUUUCUCCUGUGUUUGCUGGGUGGCUUCCUUGCCGAUUCAUUCUUAGGCAGAUAUAGAACAAUUGCAAUUUUUUCCUCUGUACAAGCCCUUGGAACUUCCAUGUUAGCAAUAUCAACAAAACUCCCAAAGCUGCACCCACCUCCUUGUUAUGCAACUGAACUUACUAAAUGCAAACAAGCUACUGGCUUUCAAAUGAGAAUUCUCCAUCUUUCCUUGUAUCUUAUAGCAAUAGGGACUGGUGGCCUAAAGUCCAGUGUCUCAGCAUUUGGUGCUGAUCAGUUUGAUGAGAAAGAUGAAAAGGAGAAGGCUCAGAAGGCUUAUUUUUUCAACAGGUUUUAUUUUGUCAUUAGCAUGGGGGCUUUGAUGGCUGUCACGGUGCUUGUUUACAUCCAAGAUGAAGUGGGCCGAACUUGGGGUUAUGGAAUUUGCUCUGCUUCCAUGUUUGUUGUCAUAUUGAUAUUUUUAUCAGGUACCAAAAGAUACAGAUAUAAAAAAUGCUUAGGAAGCCCCAUAGUUCAGAUUUGCCAAGUUUUUACAGCUGCCAUUCGCAAGAAGAGUGCUAAAGUACCUUCUGAUAUUGCAUUACUUUAUGAGGAUCUCCCAGAGGCUUUGAGAAUUGAUCAUACAGAUCAGUUCCGUUUCCUGGACAAGGCCUCUGUUGUCACAGAAGGUGAUUUCAGGGAUGAUCGUUCCGUGGCCUUCAACCCAUGGAAGCUUUGUCCAGUUACAAGGGUAGAGGAGGUGAAGAUGAUGAUCAGCCUACUCCCAAUCUGGGCAACAACAAUUAUAUUCUGGACAACACACGCACAAAUGAUCACUUUCUCUGUAGAACAAGCAUCCACCAUGGAGAGAAGAAUAGGACAUUUCCAAAUCCCAGCUGGUUCCCUCACUGUGUUCUUUGUGGGAGCCAUAUUGAUAACUUUAGGUGUAUAUGAUCGUUUGAUCAUGCCAUUUUUGAAGAAAUGGAAUGGAAAACCAGGGUUUACCAACCUACAAAGAAUAGCCAUAGGUCUGUUCCUGUCAGUAACAGGAAUGGCAGCUGCAGCAAUAGCUGAGGUGAAACGGUUAUCAGUGGCAAAAGUAUCACCUGAAACUACGACUCUGCCAAUCACUGUUUUCCUUCUGAUCCCGCAAUAUUUCGUGAUGGGUUGUGGAGAAGCAUUCAUAUACACCGGCCAGCUGGAUUUCUUCAUUACUCAGUCACCAAAGGGGAUGAAAACAAUUAGCACCGGCAUAUUCCUCACAACUGUGUCACUGGGAUUCUUUUUUAGCAGCCUGCUUGUUUCCAUCGUCAAGGCAGUGACUGGAAGUGGCAGUAAACAGGGAUGGGUAGGGGAGGACCUCAACAAAGGGAGACUCGACUGCUUUUAUGGACUUCUAGCUGCACUAGGCUUCAUUAACUUUGGACUAUUUCUUCUUGCUGCAGCAUGGUACAAGCGCAGAUUGGAGACUCAUUCCCCCGCCCCCCCUUCCCCGGAUGGAGAUUAUAGUUGAAGGUUCCUUGGUCGAAAAGAAAUGCUACACUUAAGAGGUGUCUUAAGUGGUUAAGAAUUUAAAACUCUAAGUUGGAACUAUCAAAUUCAAAUCUUAAGACAAGCAGAGGGAGGAAGGGAGAGAUUAAAGGAAGGAGAGAGCUAUCUUUGUUGUAUAGCAUAUCAUCUCUCUAAAAAAAGUUGAAAAGUAAUGCUGAUUAUUGUUAUUUGUUUUGUUGUUUUUAGUUUUUUCACCACCAUGUUAGUUGGUUAGCACUUGAUCUUGUUUGCUAUGUAACUUGAGUAGUGUCAUAAGCU